AUGCAGCUGCGCAGUAUCCUGCUGGCUGUUGUAGCCUCCGUUCUUGCCACCCAGUGUGGUGCUUUUACUGCCGAAGCUGUUGGCCUUGCCAUGCUCUCCAAGAGCAGUCCAACCGACCACAAGGCAACGAGUGUUACUAAUCAGCGUGCCCAGCGGCGUUUAAGAAAAAGCGACACCGUUGGUACCGAGGAUGAAAUCAAGACUCACAAGACGAGGCGAGAGCUUUGUCAUUACCGCAGUGGCUAG